AUGAACGGGUUGAGGAAUAUUUUGGACGCUUUCAUUGCGGUGACUGUGUUGGUACAGUUUCUGAAAGGUGAUGAGCUCCAUAGCUGCAACCGAACAAGACAGGCUGUUAUCAAGAAACUGUUGAAUGAAAGUAGAUAUGAUUCCAGACUGUCACCAGAGUUCGAAGAUGAUAUCGCCACAAGAGUGACUAUUCAGAUUUACAUAAUGAGUAUGGACUCCGUGAAAGAGGUUUCAAUGGACUAUACGAUAACAAUAUUCCUUCGUCAAAAAUGGGUUGACAAGCGCCUGACGUACCCCAAAGUACCCGGGAUGAACAUGUUGGAACUGGACAGUCGUAUGAUUGACAAGGUUUGGGUUCCAGACACCAUUUUUUCUAACGAGAAGAAAGCUGACUUUCACGACGUGACAGUACCUAACAGACUCAUGCAACUUUAUCCUAACGGCACCGUCUUCUACAGCGUCAGGGUAUCAAUGACAUUGUCCUGUGAUAUGAAGCUCUCGGCCUACCCGUUGGAUUCUCAGCAUUGUCUUAUAGCCAUUGAAAGUUACAGUUAUACUACAGAGAAUGUAGUGUUUCUGUGGCGUCCCUCCGAAGCUGUCAAGAUAAUGUCCGAUCGACUACUACCGCAGUUCUUUUUCAAGAAUGAUAUAUCGUUAAGUACCUGUACUAGAGAUUACGGCGAAAGCGGCAAAUUUGCUUGUCUUGAGGCCUAUCUUUACCUCGAAAGGAACAAUGGUUAUUACAUCGCUCAGAUCUUCAUCCCAAGUAUCUUGAUUGUCAUAUUGUCUUGGGUUUCAUUCUGGGUGGACGCUGAAGCAACGCCUGCUCGGGUUUCAUUGGGUGUUCUCACAGUUCUCACCAUAACAACGCAAAGUUCCGGUGCACGUUCCGCCCUUCCACAUGUUUCCUAUGUGAAAGCAAUAGACGUUUGGAUGUCUAUAUGUCUCGUUUUUGUUUUCGCCUCUCUCCUUGAAUAUGCAUACGUAAAUGUUCUGUCACGUAAACGACGUUCCAAAUUGGUGACUGCUCUCAAGUUGGAUACGAGUGGCAUUUUGGUGGCAUCGGGUCUGCCCGGAGAGAAAAAUGAGAAACUGAAUACUUUUGUGCUACAUGACCUCUCUGACAAAGGCAAGAAGGUAGAUAAACUAUCUAGAGUUGUCUUUCCUAUUUCAUUUGGUGUUUUCAAUCUUGGAUUUUGGCUCUAUUACGCUGUUUUCACGUCGAACUAAAUAUUUUGGCAUUGUAUCGUUACAUAGUACUUUCAAAAUAUUAGGUAUUGUCCAACUGAUAUCUAUCACUUUAUUUUGCAUGGAUUGUACAAAAUACAUUAUAUGAAAUAAUA